AUGGCAGAAAUUAUUGCACUGCGCUUUGAGCACCAUCCUUCCGGGCUGGGUGUACAUAGCUCCUCGCCUCGUAUAUCCUGGACAUUCUCUGCUAUUGACGAGUCUAUCCGUGACUGGAAACAAUGCCAGUAUGAGAUUGCCGUUCAGCGUCAAACUGGGCCGCCGGCACACCUCGUUGUCCAAAGCGCAGAGUCAUCUUUAGUCGCAUGGCCGAGCACGCCGUUACAGUCCCGAGAACAAGCUCAGGUCCGAGUUCGAGUGCGUGGAAGCUGGAUGGAUCGAGCAACCGGGUGCGCACAUUCGGAUUGGUCUGCAUGGUCAUCUUGGGCGACGGUUGAAUGCAGCCUUCUCAGUUCGCAGGAUUGGACUGCUAUGCCGAUCUCUAGCCCAUCCGUUCUGGUGAGCCCCCAAGAGCCACUAAGGCCUUUGCUCUUCCGAAAGGCCUUUGUUUUGCCUUCCGCAUUUGGCUCGGUGUACCACGCCCGCUUGUAUAUUACAGCCUUUGGGGUCUAUCGGGCAUAUCUUAAUGGUACCCAGAUUGGAGAUCACGAAAUGGCGCCCGGAUGGACAAGCUACCACCAUCGCCUUGCAUAUCAAGUGUUUGACGUCGGCUCCUUAAUCACCACCAAGGGCGAUAACGUGUUAUGCAUCGAGGUUGCUGAAGGGUGGUUUGCGGGCCGUUUGGGCUUUGGUGGUGGCAGGCGGUAUAUCUAUGGAGAUCGCAUAGCCGUCAUGGCUCAGUUGGAGGUAGGAGGCCUCGCAGCUGAACGAUUCCAGGUUGUGUCCGACGAGAGCUGGAAGUGCCACCCGAGUCCCAUCGUGAGCAGCGAAAUUUACAACGGCGAAAUCUAUGAUGCGCGAGCUGAGGUUGGCGACUGGAACCAAGAUGGCCCUCUCUAUAUUGACGCGGACUGGGAGACAGUCUCCGUUUUGGCUUUUCCCCGUGCGCGAUUAUAUGCGCCAAACGCCCCUCCAGCACGAAUCACGGAUCAAUUGACACCCAAAAGAUUAUUCACCACCCCCUCUGGCCGGAAGAUUGUUGACUUUGGCCAGAACCUGGUCGGAAAGCUUCUCAUACGUUCCAUGACGCUUCCGGUGAACGCAACAGUGAGCUUCACCCACGCAGAGGUAAUGGAAGAUGGAGAAUUGGGCACGAGACCUCUUCGCGGUGCACAAUCCGUUGAUACUGUCGUCUCAUCAGGGCGGCCGUUGAUUGAUUGGUCGCCGAAAUACACCUUUCAUGGCUUUCGAUUUGUGCAAGUCGAUGGAUGGGAUCCUGAAACGGAGCAGUUCUGGCAGACUAACAUUCGUGCACUCGUAAUCCACACUGAUUUCAAGCGGACGGGGCGGUUCGAGUGUUCCAAUAUGGCCAUUAAUCAAUUGCAUCAGAAUGCCUGCUGGAGCAUGCGUGGGAACUUCUUGUCAAUUCCGACGGACUGCCCCCAACGGGACGAACGCUUGGGAUGGACAGGAGAUAUUCAGGUUUUUGGCCCAUCUGCAACAUUUUUGUAUGACUGUAUUGGCAUGCUUUCAGAAUGGUUGGAAGAUGUUGCCUGCGAGCAAUCAGAGCACUACGGCGUUCCCCCGUUGGUGGUCCCCAAUGUCCUGGACCAGGUGUGGCCAUCCAUUCCCCAGGCUUUGUGGGGUGAUGUGGUGAUAAUUCUUCCAUGGAUAUUGUUCCUGUCAUCCGGUGAUCGCGAUAUUCUACAUCGACAGUAUGCCAGCAUGAGCUCAUGGCUGAACCAGGGGGUCCGUCGAGGCCAAGAUGGACUGUGGGAUCCCGAGUUAUGGCAAUUGGGCGACUGGCUCGAUCCCCAGGCGCCACCGGACGAGCCUGGUGAUUGCAGAACAAGCGGUGCCCUGGUGGCAGAUGCAUACCUCGUGCAUGUCACAUCCCGCAUGGCUGAUAUUGCAUCGGUCCUCGAGAGGAAGACAGAGAGUACACACUACAGCUGCAAAGCUCAGCGUCUCCGUGCCCUGUUCCAGGACAGGUACAUAACACAUUCCGGCCUCAUAGUCGGUGACUCCCAGACUGCCUAUUCCUUGGCGAUUGUUUUCGGACUUCUAUCUACUAAGCACCAACUGGACACUGCGAGCCGUCAGCUCGCGGCGCGUGUACGCAUGGCAAAGUUCCGCGUCGCAACCGGAUUCGCCGGUACGCCUAUCAUUUUACGUGCCCUCACCGACACUGACAACCUCUCCCUGGCCUAUCGGAUGCUGCUCGAAGACCACUGCCCAUCGUGGUUAUAUCCCAUUACUAUGGGUGCCACAACCAUUUGGGAACGCUGGGACAGUAUGCUUCCGAAUGGGUCCAUUAACCCCGGUGAAAUGACUUCUUUCAAUCAUUAUGCCUUGGGGUCCGUUGUCAGUUGGCUCCACGAGACUGUGGGCGGUUUGCGGCCACUCCAAGCUGGCUGGCAGACUACAUUGGUGUCUCCACAGCCCGGAGGGUCCUUGACGCACGCUGCAGUCUUAUACGAAAGUGUCUACGGCCUCUGGAGCUGCCAGUGGAAAGUGGUUCACGAUGAAGACAGAGAUGGAGCGGUUAUACUCUGUUUGGACUUGGUCGUCCCACCAAACUGCCAAGCCGUGGUCAAAGUCCGGACUGCUGAAGAUGGAUCCAGCAGUCUAGAGGAGAAUGUGGGAUCUGGAAAUCAUCGGUGGAAGGUUCCCUUCUGUCCUUGGCUAUGGCCACCCCAGGCGACUGCUCCAUUCAUCACAAACCCUGGGCAGAAUGUCAAUUAG